CUCAGCAAACUCAAAAACCAAGGCAAAGCCUUCAUUCUUCACCCUUCCGCUAUUCACUAGCCCUCACUUCCAGCUUUUUACAAGCCUUUCUUAUUCCUCUUUGCGCUCCCUCAACUCCCACAAUCAAGCAUAUUCUUUCCUCUCUUCUUUCAACUAUGAUGUUCAAGAGCUCCAUCCUUGCUAUGGCUGUCGCCUGCUUGACCGUCCUCUCCGUCGCUCCCUCUACUGAGGCCCACGUUGGUUUGUUGCGUCCCUGCGCCCGUGGAAGCCCUCGUGCGGGCUGCCCUCCCCCUUCCAAGGGUCAAGUGAUAGACUAUGAUCUCAACGCUCCCAUUGGUGUCCAUGGCAGCAAGAAUGCUCCUCUGUGCAAACAGACAGCUCCCUCGGCCACUCGCACGACGGUGAAGGCCGGCUCGAAAUUGAGGACUACCUACUCUAUUGGUGCCUCUCACGGUGGUGGGCACUGCCAGUGGGCCCUUUCAUACGACAAUAAAAACUGGGUCGUACUUUAUACCAAGGAAGGUGAUUGCCUCAAGGGUGCCGCCGGUGGUGGUGACUACUCUGUCUCAGUCCCAAUCCCUAAGAAUGCUCCUAAUGGCAAGGCUACCUUUAUGUGGUUGUGGAACAAUGCCGUCGGUAACCGUGAGCUCUACUCCAACUGUGCUGAUAUUAUAAUCACCGGUGGCUCCAACGGCGGCAAGCUCAAGGGUGUUGCUCCUUUAAUUGCCAACUAUGGCCAAAGCCCACUUAUUCCUGAGUUCGGAUUUGGGGGUGAUGACAAGCGAUCCGAGUUCGCUAAGCGCAAACCUAUCACAAUUAGCGGUCCCAAGAACUAAAAAAAAAAAAAAGAAGGAAAGAAAAACCAACAUACCCUCCAACCAUCCUCAUUAAUAAGAACAUUAUGAACAUUCAAAUCGUCAAAAUCUCAAUUUGUACCAUUAACAUGCGCAGGCAACGCGUAAAACAAGAUGGCUGAGACAAGAGUAUCUCCUCGGCAGGCCGCGGUGCUUUUAUUGACAUACAAUCUCAAGCCUUCCUACUACAUUUUUACAUUCUCUCACAAAGUUUAUAAGUGUAUAUAAUAAAAC